ACAAAUUUUACUUCUCGUUCAGGAAAAUUUCUGGAGCAAGAGCGGGAAAAUUGUCUGUAAAUUUACUUUAACUGUGUUAUCAUUAAAUCAAUUUUAAAGAAUCAGCUAUGGAUGCCAAAGUCCUGGUCAUAGGUAAUGGAGGACGAGAAAACGCCAUUUCUUGGAAACUUGCCCAAUCUCCUCAUGUGACAAGAAUCUUUGUAUCUCCAGGCAAUGCUGGAACAGAACAAGAGGAAAAGACAGAAAAUGUUUAUUUGAACAUAAAAGAUCAUGAAGAAGUAACAAGCUGGUGUAUUAGAAAUGAUAUCAGACUUGUCGUUGUUGGCCCCGAGGUUCCUUUAGCUGAAGGUUUGGCUGAUAGGCUACAAGAGAAGAAAAUAAUGUGCUUUGGUCCAUCAAAGCAGGCAUCACAAAUUGAGGCAAGCAAGGCAUUUGCCAAAACGUUUAUGCAACAAUAUGGUAUCCCCACUGCCAGAUGGAUGUCUUUUGAUGAUGCACACAAAGCAUCUCAGCAUAUUGCAACUGCAAAAUAUGAUGCCUUGGUUGUGAAGGCAGACGGCUUAGCAGCAGGAAAAGGUGUUUUGGUAGCCAAAAAUCAAUCUGAAGCAAUGGAAGCUGUGUCAUCAAUGUUGAAUGAAAGGAAAUUUGGAGAUGCAGGAAAUCACAUUGUGAUUGAAGAAAAAUUGGAAGGUGAAGAGAUCUCGGUAUUGUGCUUUUCAGAUGGUAGUAAUGUUGCAGCGUUUCCUCCUGCUCAAGAUUAUAAGCGUCUGACUGCAAAUGCUGGUGCACCAAACACUGGUGGUAUGGGAGCCUUUUGUCCUGUACAACAUAUUUCACCUGCCACUUUGAAAUUCAUAGAGGAAAAUGUUUUGCAAAAGACGAUAUUUGGGCUCAAAGAGAGAGGCUACCCUUUUGUUGGGAUCCUAUAUGCUGGCAUUAUGAUGACUAAGGAUGGACCAAAAGUUCUUGAGUUUAACUGUCGAUUUGGAGACCCAGAAACCCAGGUUUUGCUACCGAUGUUGAAAAGUGACCUUUAUGAAGUAAUGCUGGCUUGCGUGAAUGGUAAUUUGCCAAGUCAAAUGCCAGAAUUCCAUACACAACAGUCAGCAGUGACUGUCGUUCUCGCAAGUGGUGGUUACCCAGGACAAUAUCAAAAAGGAAAGAAAAUCUCUGGACUUGAUCGUGUAAAACGUUUAGAGAGCGUUAAAGUCUUUCAUGCGGGCACUUGCAAAAAAGAUGACGCAAUUUUAACCUCUGGUGGAAGGGUUCUCUCUGUCACAGGCAUAGGCAAAGCAAUGUCAGAAGCAAGAGGCAAGGCAUACCAGGCUGUACACGCAAUCUCAUUUGACGGGAUGUUUUUUAGAAGCGACAUUGCUGCAAAAGUGGCUGAGAUGCAGCGUUCGGUAAGUUACCUGUCUUCAGGCGUCGAUAUAGAUGCUGGAUUGUCAUUGGUCGAAGCAUUCAAGCCCUUGGCAGCAGCCACCGCUCGGGCUGGGUGCACCCCUGACCUCGGUGGCUUCGGUGGUAUCUUUGAUCUGAAAGCAUGUGGAUACAAUGACCCACUUCUCGUAAGUGGUACAGAUGGUGUUGGCACUAAACUGAAGAUUGCCCAGGCCUGUGGUAUCCACAACACGGUAGGCGUCGACCUGGUAGCCAUGUCAGUCAAUGAUAUUUUGGCUCAGGGAGCAGAACCUUUGUUCUUCUUGGAUUACUUUGCAUCUAGCAAGUUAGCUCCUGACGUCAUCAAAAAUGUCAUCACAGGGAUUGCCCAGGCAUGCGCACUAGCUGGGUGUGCCUUACUUGGCGGCGAGACGGCUGAGAUGCCUGGCAUGUACGCAGAGGGUGACUACGAUCUUGCGGGGUUUGCCGUUGGAGCCGUUGAACGAAAUUACGUGCUUCCAAGAACUAGUGAUAUACAUCCGGGUGAUAUGGUCCUUGGGAUAGCAUCGUCUGGUGUGCAUAGCAAUGGUUUCAGCAUGGUGAGAAAAAUAAUCGAGCUUUCCGGAGUUGAAUUAACGGAUGCUUGCCCUUUCAGUGAUGGAGAAGAAACCCUUGGUGAAGAGCUGUUGAAACCAACGAGAAUAUAUGUAAAAAGUUUGUUGCCCCUUAUAAAGCAAAAGAAAAUAAAAGGAUGUGCCCAUAUAACUGGGGGUGGACUGUUGGACAAUAUACCGCGAAUUCUUCCCAAAAAUAUCUACGCUCACUUGGACGCCAAUAAAUGGCUCAUACCCCCGGUAUUUGCUUGGCUUGCGCAAAAUGGAAACGUCAAAGUAGAGGAAAUGCUGAGAACAUUCAACUGUGGCGUGGGCUUCACGUUAAUAACAAGCCCAGCUGAUGGACCGGCAGUUCUCGAAUGCCUUCGAGAUUCCGGAGAGACUGCCUGGGUAAUUGGAAAAUUAAAUGAACGGUCAGAGCACGAAGAGCCAGUGAAGGUCGACAACUUCAAGGAUGCUCUUGAUACUGUUAUGAAUGACGAAUAUGCCAGGUGCUCUAAGCGCCCUAGAAUCGUGAAUGGUGGCAAAGUACGACUCCGAGUCGGGGUUUUGAUUUCCGGAUCCGGAACAAAUUUGCAAGCUUUAAUUGACCAGAGUCUAAGUGCCAACAGUAAUGCAGAGAUUGCUUUGGUCAUCUCAAACGUGCCUGGUGUUAAAGGUCUGGAAAGAGCGACAGCAGCAGGAAUUAAAUCGAAGGUGAUCAGUCAUAAAGAUUUCCCUUCUCGAGUGAAAUUUGACAUGGCAGUCGAUGCUGCCCUCAAUGACGAAGGCAUUGAAUUGGUCUGCCUUGCUGGUUUCAUGCGAAUACUGAGCGGAGAAUUUGUCAGGAAAUGGCGCGGAAGAUUGCUUAAUGUACACCCGUCUCUGCUACCAUCUUUUAAAGGAAUCAAUGCACAUCAGCAAGUUUUGGACGCCGGCGUGCGUUUGUCGGGGUGUACUGUGCAUUUUGUUGAGGAAGAGGUUGAUGCAGGCGGUAUAAUCGUACAAGAAUCGGUCUCCGUCUUACCAAAUGACACAGUGGAGACUUUGCAAGAAAGAGUGAAAACUGUUGAGCAUAAAGCGUUUCCAAAGGCCAUGGAGCUGUUUGCAAGUGGACAAGUUCGUCUUGACGAAAAUGGAAAAGUCAAGUGGCUGUAAAAGCAACGUAGCAGCUUUGAAGUCACAUUAUCACAUGGUUACGUCACAUGGAUACAGGGAAAGGGUGAGUUUAACAAGGCCCCUACAGAGAGUUUUUCGUAGCAAAUGCACUCAUUUCCUACCCAUAGAUAAUUAUUUAUAAUAAGACAACAGUAAACUCGACCUCAUGUGCCAACGUCAUAUUUAUGUUCGUCUGCAGCAUUGUCACACUAAGUUUUAUUUGAUAGUCUGAUAUAUUUUUAUUAAUUCUAGUUAGUAUUUUUUAUUGAUUUGAUCAGUAUUUUCCACCAGAAACAAUUAGUAUUUCCAACAGUAUACCACUUGA